CUUGCAAUCCGAUAUUUAUGUUUCUUCAUCGUCUAAAUUUCCCAUACAAUUCUCACACAUGGCAAGAUUUGAGACAAGAGACAGAAAAAGAGAUAAAGUCAUGGUGUAUACAUAUCUGUUCCAUAUACGUAAUAAGCACACGAGAAAUGUCAGAUAGGAAAACCUACGUUCACCGAUGUUUAUCGUAAUCAAGUAGUUUAGUAAGAAAUAAAGAAAAAGACUCUUCGUAACUUUGCGAAGCGAUUUCAUAAAAAUUCGCACGACGUAUUGAAUUUUCUACGAAGUCUACGACGUCUCUCGACAGCGUCGACCUAAUGAAACUCGCGAGACAUGCCGAAGAUGAAACCGAAGAACAGCGAGAAAGAGAGAGAGGCGGCGAGUGAUGGAGGCAAGUAGGGAAUUCGUUAACGGUGGGAAAGAAGAAGAAAAGUGACGAGAGGAGGGCAAGGGGGCCGAGGGCAGCGGCAAGAGAGCGAACUCGGAAGGAAUUAUGAUAAAUUAAGCGAGCGGCCGAGCGUAGCAAUGGGAUGAACGUGGGUGGAUAGCGCAAGUACAUGCCGGGUGUAUUUUCGUGCGUGGUUCCCAUUCGGGAAGAGAUACGGAUAAUAUACUUUUACAAUCGUACGAAUGCACUUUCCACGUGUUUCUUAGAACGAACGCCGACUUUUCUCCUUUAGAAUCAAUCGGCGUUAAAAGCUCGUAGGUUACCGUAAAGUUAAUUAAAAGUUUCGAGAUAAUUUCAAAUCUCCACUGCGGUAGAAAAUUUAGUUUCCUCUUCUUCUCGCGAGCAAAUUUGCGUGUACGAUACAAAAUACAAAGAGUAAAAUUAAGAAAUCUCGAGUGAAAAGAAUUGCAGUCAACAACUUGAGUGUUCUAAUUCCAGGAUAAUAGUCCAGAUAAAAUUUCGAGAGAGAGGCUUGACAACUAAUAAACGGUUUAUUUCUUCUUGUCGAAUUCAAGCGCUAGUUCCAGGGGGGGUGAUUUGAUAUCUUUACAGCGCUCGACCUAACGAGGAGUUGCAACAAUCUGAGCGCGAUGCAAUGAGAUGCAAAAUUAUUCGCUGCAUUUCUCCAUUCGCCAAUAACUACCCUUUAUCUUUUGCAUCGCCGUGAAACUCGGCAGAACGUUCGCGACAAAGUUUGCUCCUCCGCCGAAUUUCCAACGGCAGGCACUUCCAGAUCGUAAUUCUCGGUCGGAUUAGGCUACCUUCCGAUUUAUCGCUCUCCUUUGCGCCCCCAAUGCCAUAUCGUAGUAAAAUUUCGCGAGAAUGCACAUUCUAGAUCGCUGGAAUAGAUUGUAAUAGCAAUUGUUAAAUACUUUAUUGGCGCAAAGAAAAAUAACUUGCCACAUGAUACGAGUUUUGUUUACGAAUAAACGGUGGACACUUAACAGUAAAUUGACCAACUGCUGUUCAUACUGACAAGCUUUAGUUAAAACCGUUGCUAGUCAACUCGUCAAGAAUGUUUUUAGUGCGAGAUUCGUGUCCGCGGCGAGGCCCAUCUUCAGAGAUAUGGAGUACAGAUCGUUUCAGACCCAUCGCCAAGGUUGAGUACCAAGAACCAUUGCCAUGACGCAUUAAAUGCAUUUAGCGAGGAAGUGGGGACUUGUAUAGUCGGUUUAAUGUUAGUCAGUGUCACACUAGCCUCUGACAGGUCAAUAGUUGGGUGGAGCGUUUCUCAGCGUAGUUGGAAACAGACGUCGUCGCACUACGAAUGUCUCGACGAAUACUUUUCUCGCCGUGAUUAUUAACUUGCGCGUCCAAACUGACUGAGUGUGCCACGAAGUGUGGAUUCGAGAAUGGCUGAGGAGACCGGCUCUGCACCCAGCCUCUUGACGAGACUCAAGGGAUAUCUUAAGGAAGCGCCGCUCUUUUGCAAAAUUAUCGAACUGGUUCUCUGCGUCAUUGCAACGGGAUUAGUGGCAGGUCCAUUUCAACAGAAUCAGAUUCGGCCGACUGAUAUACACCAUAUAGCGAUAUUUCACGUGGCAGUAUGCGGUUAUAUCCUUAUAAACGGGAUUCUUAUUAUGAGCCAUUUGUUGGGCGAAAAACUGCCCAAAAAAACGGCUCUCAUGUUUUCGACUAUGGGAGCGAUUCUGUGCUGCACCGCCGGCCUCAUUCUGAUUCGCGACUGGGACAAUUUCUCGAGUAACCUGAUUCACGCGUAUCUGCAGGAAUACAGCGAUCAAACGGUAGCGGCCGGUUCUUUCGCGAUCUUGGCAGCUCUGGUAUUCGCCGUAGAUACGUACUUCACCAACAAGAACGACUGAUCGACCAUAAAUCUCGAUCAUCGUCACCGUAAGGCGAGACGGAAUCGACCGGUUCAUUUCUACCGCAACGCUUCGUUAAAAGCUAUUAUCUCACUAAUUGUUUUUUCUCCCAAAUCUUCCGUCGUAUCGUUUUUGUGAGGAAUGUUCUUGCUUCUUGAGCGUCUACGCUAGUAUCAUUUUUGUUACCGUAUCGUGAAAGUCAUCGUACCUCUUUAGAAAACCGAAAAUGUAAGAUUUAUUCUCAAUGAGCGGCAUUUGUAACCGCUUCUUCUUCGCAAGCAUUUUAUUAUACAUAUAUUUUACGGAAUAUACGCAAUGCUUACGACAAAUAAUUGUCGUAACACUACUUUCGUUACGCUAUUCUCGCGUAACUUGCAGUUUAAAGUGCCGGAAUGUCUACGUCUGCCUAGUUUCUCCUUUCCUCCGCGUACGUAUAUUAGCGUUAAAUUUUCGUUAUACGGGAGAGCAAACGUAAAAUACUUGUACACAAUCUGAAUUUCUAUGAUUUCGAAUAGGAAAAUUGGAAAUCCUAUACAAUAUUGGAUGAAAAAUUUCCAUAUACCCACGUUCUACAAAUUGUUCGUGUCACAAAUUCAAGCUGUGAUUGGAAAUCGAAACAGAGUCCGUGUCGUAAAAAAAAAUCCAAAAAUGCACUACGAUAACAAAGAUAUCAUUGGCAGAGUUGAUAAAAGAUAAAAACUUUUUAUCAUAGGCCAGGAAGAAAGCAUGAAUUUUGAUUAUGAAAAUUUGAAAGCAUAGAUUUGAAUCAAAAUAAUUUAUAUUUGUAAGCUGUCUGCAGAAAGAAAACUAUAGUUUUCCAAGAUUUAUGACUUAAAGAUCAAGUUUUAUGCGUUACGUCCAAAAUUAUCUCCCUGUGUGUUAAGUUACCAUUUACUUUCAUUAUACUCACGCGAAUCGAAGUGUAAGAAAUUCUCAUAACAAUAUAAAAAUAUGAUCACC